CUGGAGAGCUUCACGGAGAGUCGCGAAGUCGGGGGCCUCAUCGGGGACCUGAGGGGAGUCUUUGCGGAUCAGGUGACUCGAGAAAUGAUCGUGGAAAAAUUCAUAGCUAUAAUGGACAAGUACCAGGAGCAACCUCAUUUGUUGGAUCGCCACUUAGAGUGGAUGAUGAAUUCAUUGUUGGAUAUAGUACGGGACAAUGGAUCUCCUCCCCCACUAGUUCACCUGGCUUUUAAAUUUCUGUACAUCAUUACAAAGGUGAGAGGGUACAAACUUUUCCUCCCACUGUUUCCCCAUGAAGUGGGUGAUCUAAAGCCUGUUUUGGAUAUGCUUGUGGACCAGAAUCCAAAAGACUCUGAGACUUGGGAAACUCGUUAUAUGCUUUUAUUAUGGCUCUCCAUGAUAUGCUUGAUUCCUUUCGAUCUGGCGCGUUUUGAUGGAAAUAUUGUUUCUGAGGAAGGACAUACUCGUAUGCCAACAAUGGAUCGCAUACUUGAAGUAGCAAAAUGUUACUUGGUUGUCAGUGAUAAGGCUCAAGAUGCAGCUGCUGUACUGGUUUCAAAAUUCAUUGUCCGCCCUGAUGUGAGGCAAAAAAGGAUGGCAGACUUCCUGGACUGGACACUUUCAAUGUUGUCUAAAUCCUCCUUCCGGAGCAUGGAGGGGACUGUUGUUAUGAACGGCAUGCUCCAGGCCCUGGCACAGUUAUUUAAACACGGCAAAAGAGAAGAUUGUUUACCAUAUGCUGCUACUGUACUUGAGUGUCUCGAUAACUGCAGGCUGUCAGAAAGUAAUGAUAUGGUUCUUCGCAAGCUAGGGAUGAAACUCGUUCAACGACUUGGACUGACAUUUGUGAAACCGAAGGUAGCAAAAUGGAGAUACCAGCGUGGCUGUCGAUCUCUGGCUGCCAAUCUGCAAGCUCAGGGUUCAGUUGUGCAGAAGCAGAUGAUAACCGUUGCUGCUAAUGAAGCUGAUGAUGAAGAGGAAUAUGACAUUCCAGGAGAGAUUGAAAAUGUUGUAGAGCAAUUGUUGGUUGGACUGAAAGACAAAGACACUAUUGUCAGGUGGUCUGCAGCAAAAGGAAUUGGUAGAAUAACUGGAAGACUUCCAAAAGAAUUAGCAGACGACGUGAUUGGGUCUCUGUUGGACUGUUUUAGUUUCCAGGAAACAGACAAUGCAUGGCAUGGUGGAUGCCUGGCUCUGGCUGAAUUGGGCAGAAGAGGACUGCUACUCCCUUCCCGAAUUUCAGAUGUUGUUCCUGUAAUUUUGAAAGCGCUGACAUACGAUGAGAAGAGGGGGGCAUGCAGUGUGGGUUCCAACGUCAGAGAUGCAGCGUGCUAUGUGUGCUGGGCCUUUGCUCGUGCUUACGACCCUGCAGAACUGAUACCAUUUAUUAAUCAGAUUUCAAGUGCAUUGGUUAUUGCUGCAGUAUUUGAUCGCGAUGUUAAUUGCAGAAGAGCUGCUUCUGCUGCCUUCCAGGAGAAUGUUGGGAGACAGGGCACUUUUCCACAUGGCAUAGACAUUCUAACUGCAGCUGAUUAUUUUGCUGUUGGUAACAGAGUUAACUGUUAUCUGACUAUAAG